CAGCAUCUCCUAUUACCACUGAGACCACUAGCCUCAUUUCCACAACAACUACAACUGAGACCACAUCAGCAUCUCAUACUACUAUAACUGAUACCACUGGCCUCAUUUCGACAACAACUACAGCAGAGACCACAUCAGCAUCUCCUACUACCAUUGAGAUGUCAACCCCCACAACUCAUACUACCACAACUGAAACCAACUCAGCAUUUCCUACAACUACUGAGAUCACUAGCCUUAUUUCCACAAAGACUUCAACUGAAACCACCUCAGCAUCUCCUACAACAACUGAGACCACUAUCUUUACAUCCACGCCUACUAUUACUACCACUGAGACCACAUCAGCAUUUCCUAUUAAUGUAACUGAGGCCACUACCACUGAGAUCAAUGUAACAUCUGCUGCCGCCUCUGAGACCAGUAGCUUCAUAUCUACUGCAUCCAAGACCACCUCAGCAUCUCCUACAACCACUGAGGUCACUGACAUCACAUCCUCCACUGCUGCAAACAAGAUCACCUCAACAUCUCCUAUUACCACUGAGACCACGAGCCUCACAACCCCUACUGCUACAACUGAGAUCACCUCAGCAUCUUCUACAACCUCUGAGACCACUAGCCUUGUUUCUACAACUACUACAAAUGAAACCACCUCAGCAUCUCCUACAACCACUGAAACCACUAUCACAUCCAUUACUACUACAACUGAGGCCACAUCAGAAUCUCCUACUGCCAUUGAGAUGACAACCCCCACAACCCGUCCUACUUCAGCUGAGACCACAUCAGCAUCUCCUACAACCACUGAGACCAUUUUCUUUACAUCCACUACUACUACUACAACUGAGACCACAUCAGCAUUUCCUACUACCAUUGAGAAGACAACCCCAAAAACCGCUAAUACUUCAGUUAAGACAAAUGGGACCACAUCAGCAUCUAUUAGAAAUGAAAGCACCACUCAAGUACCCCCUACUGAGACAAAUAAGAUUACUUCAGUGUCUGUGAGAAAUGAGAGCACUACCCUAGUACCAAUGUCUAAUGCAACAAGUGAUACAACUUUGCUAUCUACUAUACAUAAGACUGCUUUUCCUACAACCCAAAUUAAUGUUACAGCCCCACCUGAUACAUCUCUGGUGUAUACUACAAUACUGGAGACCUCUUCAGCAUCAACUAUAAAUGGGAACAUCACUCUAGUACCCCCUACUCAGGCAGCUAAGACCACUUCAUCAUCUUAUAGAAAUGAGAACACCACUCUAGUUCCUUCUACAGCAAAUACCAGUACACCGACAACCACUGCUAGUAGAACUGAGAGAACCUCAUCAUCUCCCACCACAACUACACAAACAAUCACAACAAGUUCAGCAUCUUCUACUACUACUACUGCAGCAGCAAAAACCACAGUUCCAUAUGUUGCCGGCAAAGCUGUGCUGAAAGUCGAGUUUCGAUCAUCCGCAUCCAAGCCCUUGGAAAGUGUAAUACAGAUGUUUGUAAAAAAGAGCUGCCUCAACUUGCCUCCAAAGCUAAAGGACAGAGGCAUUAGAUUCUCCUGGAAUGGCACAAGUCUGGACUGUGCUUCUCUGAGUGGCACUAGCCGGUAGGUUGAAUGAGAUCUCAGCACAUCAGCACUGCCACUUUCUACACUUCUCAAGGACAACCAUUGGGAGACCAAGCCACCCUACAGAAUUACUUGGCCUCAACAAACAACAUGGACCAAAUGGGUCCUUGUAUGAGACGUAAUGAAUUCUACAUGAUAUAUCACAUGAUAUAUAACAAUAUGAACUCUAGAGACAAAAUGGACCAUUGAAAUGAGACAAAUGGAUUUUGGUGUUUGUAGGGAUGGGGCAAUAGGGGUCUUUGAAAAAAAGAGACAAUUUGAGAGUGAAAAUGGACAAAUGACAGAUGAACUUUGUCUCCUACGACUCCCACCUCUUCCCACUUGAGUCUUUCAGCCUCUUUCUGAAGGAAUUGUCUUCUGCCCUUUUAAAAGAGAACAGGUCCCUCACUUAAUGAAAUCCUUAUCAUGACUACCCAUGACUUUCCCUUCAAUCCUCUCCUCUGCUCGUCUUAAAGGGACAAUGUCAUGUUUUUUUGUGUGGUUUUUAUUUCUAAAUGACUAUUUACACUGCAAAUAAUUCACCCUACCAUGUAAUA